UGUUAUGACCACUCCUUUCCUCUCUCUUGCCCAAGCUGCCUUGCUUGCUGUUUCAAACUGCCCAAACUGCCCUAUGUUGAACACUUUCCCUCUUUCUCAAGCGCGUCUCUGUCUGACUCUCUCUCUCUCAAAACUCCUUUUGACUAAACUUCACAACUGGGCAUCACUGAUUUCCUCUCAUAGUCACUUGUUUUUCUAUUGUUGAUGGUUUUGAUGAUUUAAAGUUUGUAUCUUUGAAAUGGGUUUUCUCUGUUAUGAUUAAUUUGACAACUUUUGAUUAAGUGUUUAUAUUUAUGAAGAUGAAGAUGGGUUUGAGUCCAGAUUCAGUAAAGGUAAAGAAUUUUAAGGAGAAAUCAAAGAGCAAGAAAAAUAAGAAAAAUCAAGGAAAUGAAAAGGACGAGGAGGAUAUUGGAUGUUGGUUUAAAUUCAGGUCGACGGGAAGCUGCAUGCCUUCAAGAUCAAAAGUUGAUAGCUCUUUAAGUGGCAUCUCAACUCACUAUGUGCCAAGUAAAUCUAAAAACGAGAAGAACAAAGACCAACCUAUUGUUCCAGCUAUGUCUUCUACUACCACGACUAGCAAUGCAGAGAGUGCAUCCUCACUUCCAACAUUCAGUGAGGAAUUGAAGCUUGCUUCUCAGCUCCGAAAAUUUACAUUUAAUGACCUUAAAUUAGCAACUAGAAACUUUAGGCCUGAGAGUCUUCUUGGGGAGGGUGGGUUUGGGUGUGUCUUCAAAGGUUGGAUUGAGGAGAAUGGAACUGCUCCUGUGAAACCUGGCACUGGGCUUACCGUUGCAGUCAAAACCCUCAACCAUGAUGGACUUCAGGGUCAUAAAGAGUGGCUUGCUGAAGUUAGUUUUCUUGGGAACCUUCUGCAUAAAAACUUGGUGAAAUUGGUUGGUUACUGCAUUGAAGAUGAUCAAAGGUUGCUGGUGUAUGAGUUCAUGCCUAGAGGAAGUUUGGAGAAUCACCUCUUCAGAAAAGGGUCCUUGCCCCUUCCUUGGUCUAUCAGGAUGAAAAUUGCUCUUGGUGCUGCACAAGGUCUUGCUUUCCUUCACGAGGAGGCUGACAGACCAGUAAUAUAUCGUGAUUUUAAAACAUCUAAUAUAUUAUUAGAUGCGGACUACAACGCCAAACUUUCUGAUUUUGGACUUGCAAAGGAUGCUCCUGAUGGAGGUAAAACUCAUGUAUCAACCAGAGUUAUGGGAACUUAUGGCUAUGCUGCCCCAGAAUAUGUGAUGACUGGACAUUUGACAUCAAAGAGUGAUGUCUACAGCUUUGGAGUAGUUUUACUUGAAAUGCUCACUGGCCGAAGAUCCAUGGACAAAAACAGACCAAAUGGGGAGCACAACCUCGUGGAAUGGGCAAGGCCACAUUUUGGGGACAAGAGAAGGUUCUACCGCUUAUUAGACCCCCGUCUUGAAGGCCAUUUCUCAAUCAAAGGAGCUCAGAAAGGCAUUCAGUUGGCUGCCCAGUGUCUAAGCCGUGAUCCCAAAGCCAGACCCCAGAUGAGUGAAGUUGUUGAAGCACUAAAGCCUUUACCAAACUUAAAGGAUAUGGCUAGCUCUUCGUAUUACUUUCAAAGUAUGCAAGCAGAUCGUAACAAGUCAAACAUGAAUGCUAAAAAUGGCACUAGAACACAGGCUGGAUUUGUAACAAGGAAUGGACAGCCAUUGAGGAGCUUAAGUGAUGUGCGUGCUUCUCCAUAUAACCAGCCUCAGCAGUCACCAAAACCUAAAGGGAGAAGUUCAUAGCACUACACUAUAAUUGCAUUUAUAUUGUAUCUGGUUUCAGCCUUUCGGCAGUAGCUUCAGCAGUUUGAAAUAGCACCGAGGGUUGUUCCAUCAUUUGUCGGAGCAGCCAGGGGUGGUCUUUAGUUCUUCAUCCACCAUGUUCUAUCAGUAAAUUGAUGGAACGAGCCUCCUGCAUUGUGUGGUUGGUAAGCAUCGAAUCUGGGGAGGUUCAUUCUGCUUGACUCCCUGUUCUUACCUCUCAAAUGCGUCGACUCUUAAGAAGUCAUAAAUUGGAGACUGGAAAGAUAUUGAAGUCAAGUUGAGAUGUCGAUGGAGGUGAGGGGUAUGAAGAGAUUUUAGUAAGCUUGAUUGUACAUUGAUGAGAAGGGAAGUGUGAGGCAAAUUUAUGCAGCUAUUUAAUUCUGACUCAUCAUUUAAUGAUAUAUAUAUAUAUUUAUAGGA